AAUACAAUACAACAUUCAAAGUCCAAGUGUUGGGGUAUUUCCAAUUUCCAAUUCCAGGCUCCAAGAUCCCUCUUUUCCUACAACCCAUCUCUCUUUGGUUCCUCCAAUCUUCGUUCUGUGCCCUCAGAAGCAUCAAUUCCACGAAUUAACAAAUGGGUGUUGUGUUGAAGCUAGUAGACGCCAUUCUCUUUCUCUUCUUCCUCCUCAUAACUGUGGUGGCUCCUCUCAUCGAUGCUCAAACAUGUCUCCCUCUCUCUUACUUCCCCGACAUCCUCGUCCAACUCAAGGAGCACUACACCCACAACUACGAUGAUUACCUUAUCGCUGAGAAGCCCCACUUCUUCGUAGGUCUUGUUUGGCUCGAGCUUCUCUUCCAAUGGCCCCUUGCAAUUCUCAACUUCUAUGCCAUUCUCACUUCCAAGCCUUGGUUCAACACCACUUGCUUGAUCUAUGGUGUCUCUGUCACUACCUCCAUGGCUGCUAUAUUAUCAUAAAUGAUGGGUUCCAAGAGGGCAUCUGAAAAGCUAUUGACAGUGUAUGCCUCUUUCCUGGGUUUGGGUGUUCUGGCUAUGCUGCGAGGUUUGCUCACAUGUUGUUCAUCCAAAUCAACUUCAGGCAAAAGACCUGCACUGGCAAGGAAAAAGCGAGCUUGAAACUGUGAGCAUGAAUCAAACAUGAGAAAAUGGAAAGAGAAGAAGCAUGACUGUAGGUGUGAGGUGAUGAAGCAUGCCAAGGCCCCCUCCUGUAACCAAAAUUUUGUAUGUUUUUUUUAUUUAAUUAGGAGUCCCCUUUGAUUGCAUAACUGAGUAAAAGAUUUUGUAUCAGGGUUCAGGAGAACAUCAAAUUCCAUCAUGUUGUUGCAUAUUUGAUACAAGAAUAAAUAAAAUUCUUGCUACUUGGAUUAGUUGUUUAUA